AUGAAGUUCCGCAGGAGUAUGAAGAGUGAGAAGGACAACCGCCCGCACCACAUUUCAAUUCCACCCAAGGACGCUAUAGCCAUUGUCCCGCCAAAAAAGGUCAUAAAAGCGCUUUACGACUACAAGCCCGCCGACCCCAGCCCAAACUCUGGCUUCCUGGCCUUUUCACAGGGCGACUUUCUGCACGUCGUCGGCCGCGAAGACGACAGCGAGUGGUACGAGGCCUGCAAUCCGCUGCACGGCACGCGUGGACUGGUACCCGUUUCCUACUUUGAGGGCGUAGGCAAGACUGUGCGCGACAGUGGUGGCUCUGCGCCGCGCUCCUCCACACCGCAUCAGCAACAACAGCAGCCCCACGACUCGGGCUACCAAGAACGCAUCACGAGCCCCCAACCCUCGGCCCAGGACAUUAUGACACAGCAGAUGCGCAUGUCGCGCGGAGGAGGGCGUGGCGCCAUGGUCUACGGCAUCGUCAUCUACGACUUCAAGGCGGAGCGGCCCGACGAGCUCGAGGCCAAGGAGGGCGAGGCCAUUAUCGUCAUUGCACAGUCCAACCCCGAGUGGUUCGUUGCAAAGCCGAUAACGCGACUCGGCGGUCCUGGCCUCAUACCCGUUUCCUUCAUCGAGAUCCGCGACAUGACGACGGGCCAGGCAGUCGCCGACACACAGGCAGCAGUCACGGCCGCGGGCGUGCCCAAGGUCGAAGAGUGGAAAAAGAUGGCAGCAGACUACAAGAACGGCAGCAUACCGCUUGGAAAGCUCGAGACAAAUUCAGGACAGUCGCUGCAACAAGGCAUGGAGCGCAUGAGCAUCAGGAGCAACGGAGGGCACAACAAGGCCGGCUCGGUCUCUCACUCGCGCAACGGUUCCACGGCGCAACCACGAAACCAAUACCGCACAUCCGACAACUUGCUUGCACCCAUCAAGGCAUGCGUGCCACGCUACUGCUUUGCCGACGACAUCUUCUGGUUCAUUAUAGAGUGCCAGAUGGAGGAUGGCCGACACUGGGAGUUGCAGCGGCUGUACCAGGACUUUUACGACCUGCAGAUACAACUGAUAGCGACAUAUCCAGUCGAGGCAGGCACGAGUGGCUCAGGCGAGCGAACACUACCCUUCAUGCCUGGGCCCGUCACCUACGUAACGGACAACAUCUCCAACGGGCGCCGCGCCAACCUCGACGAAUACAUCAAGAACCUCCUCAAGCUAGGACCACACAUCACACAAGGUCACCUUGUCAAAGGUUUCUUCGCACCAAGACAGGGCGACUACGAGAUAGACCCGGAUAUUGUCGCUGCUGAAGAGUAUCGUCUGUCACAGCAAUCACACCAGUCAUCGAACCCUUCACAAGGAACGAGCAGACAAUCAUCUGCAGAUCAACUGCAAGCCACAACACCUGUCACACCUUACUCAACUGGCUCCAACUACCCCUCCCACCAGCGCGGCCAGUCAACCGCCUCGCAAGCAUACUCGUCAAACCUCAACCCACCGCCCAUGACCCACAACCACUCCUCUACCUCCACAGCCACCAGCACAGGCACAUCCUCUGCCCUCAAGAUUAAAGUAUGGUUCGAAGAAGAUAACUGCGUCGUCAUCCGUAUGCCUAUUUCGCUCAAGUUCAUCGACCUCUACAAUAAGCUUGUUGAGAGAAGGAAAAUGGAGCGGCCAGGCGAGGAAGAGGAGGAGUUGAUUGUUGAGUACAAAGAUGAACAGGACAAUUAUUUUUACCCCAUCGAGAAUGACGAGGAUCUCCAGAUCGCGGUUGAGAGGAAUCCCAAGCUGACGCUCAGUGUUACCACGAGGCGGUAA